CUUUUACCUCGUCUUGGUAGAAGAUCGACGCAAAGUAUCCUGCAUGAAGAACCUAAACUUGACGAUGAUCUGUUGGAAAGUCCUAUAUCGUCAUCUUCUGUGAAAUCGGCUCAGCCACCUGUAGCACCUCCGCGCACUAGAAAAACUGGAUGGGAACACGUGGGCCGUCGAGUAUCAUUGAACAGUGAGUAUAACGAGAUAGAAUUAAAGAAUCAGGCAUUUGUAGUCGCUGAUAGACUGUUUCUUAGGGAACGUUUUCGAGCGACGGAGAAGGACGAUGUGAUCGACGGGUAAAUGUGAACAGAGUCACUGCAUACAAAGAACUUGACACAGACUUGGUGAAGAAUGCCGCAUUCACGUCUCUAAAUGGCGUUAAUCUUUCCCUCCUGGCAGAGAAACUGUACAACGAAAAUCUGACGAGAGAACCAGAUGAAGUAUGGAACUGGAAUCUCCUUUUUACUCAGGUUACAUCUGAAGUAAACAGCGAGACGCAAAAGAAACUUAUUACAUAAAUUUUGUUUUUAUGAUAAAAAUAAAAGUUAAUAAAUAUGCGG